CCGCCAUGAACCAGUGCGCAGACGACCUCACCCAGGUCGACGUCGAGCACGCCCUCCAGCAGGGCACCCUCGCCUCGACUGCCUCGUCCACCUCGCAGUCGCUGUUCCCCUGGAUCGACUUUGCCCACUCGAGCGCGCUCAACGUCGACAACGCCGGCGACCCAGACCACCUCCGCCGCGUCCUGCGCCCACUCGACUCGCGCGACACCGUCCUCGACAACGACGAGAUCGUCGGCACCACCCAGGAGGGGCACCAGGGCCAGGUGUGGUCUGCUGGCUGCCUGGACACGCAGGAUGGCGACGACGAGCUCUUGAUCCAUGUCCGCUUCUUGGAACUCGUCCGCAUCAAGUCCAUCCUCAUCGGCACCGGCGGCGGCCGCCUCCCGACCUCGCCUCGGCUGUGUCGCGCCUGGGUCAAUCGCGGCCCUUCCGGCAUCACCUUUGACGAGGCGUCGUCCGCCGCCCCGCAGCCGGCGCAAGAGUUCGAGCUUCUCGAGAGCGAGGGCGGCGCGAGGGGCGCGGUCGAGUACCCGACCCGGAUCGCGCGCUUUGCCAACGUGAGCGACGUGUCGCUCUACUUCGCCAAUGCUCGGGCGGACCAGUCGAGGCUGUACUUCCUCGGGUUCCUCGGCGAGAGCCGCCAGCUCAAGAAGGAGCCGGGCGAGCCCAUGACGAUCGGAGCAGAGAACGCUGCGCCGUCGAUGGUGGACGGGAUCAAGGAGAAGCAGGCGGGCUCGAGCACGACGACGGCGCGGUGACCUCUUCUUCCCUCCCUCUCAGUUGUGCCCCCCUCUUGUCGUCGUCUGUCGAGUCCCGUGUUGUAUUCUCACUCGCUCGUCGCAGCUGUG